UAUAUCUAUAUAUCUCACUGUGUGUUUGUGUGUUUUUUAUGUGAAAAGUUGCCACAUUUCUUUGCCUACAUACAUAGCAUCGUUGUAUUUUGUGUUGCAAAAUCAUUUUCCGACCACCAACAUAAAUUUUUUCGACCACUUUUUCCACCAACAUGAAAAUGACCAUUUCCACUCCCCUUUAUUCGUGAUCAUCUUUUUACUAUUUAUUUAUUUAUUUAUUUUCCAAAGAAUUAACACUAGUGAAAAGGUGCAAAAGGUAUGUCUCUGGGGAGAUGGACGAGGGAGGAGAAUUCGGUGGCAGCAUUCCACGGCGGCACAACGCUCGCGGCCGUGGAAUCGCUGGCCUUGCCUCGGGUGCAGGAGGUCGUGUUCUUGGCUGACUUCCGGUGCCCGAAAUGCCAGCGGAGAGUGGCUGAGAUUAUGGCCAAAAUGAAUGGGGAGACUCAAUCCGUGGUGGUAAGUGUUUUGGAGAAGAAGGUGACGCUGACGUAUUUGUUUCCGACCAAUGAAAAGCCGGCCGGCCGACAACUUGCUCACCGGAGUUCAUGGAGCAAGACUUCUCUAUUAUUGCGCCUCUUUCGCUAUUCAUGUAAUUAAAUCUUAAACUAAGAACAUUCGACGCAAAAAAAAGAGAUCGGAAAAGUAAAAAAAUAUAUGAUGCAUAUCACAUAUUGUUACCACUUUGUAGAUGUGUAAAUAAUUUUUGGCAUGGUUAAAUAAUGUUUGGAACAUUGAUGAUUACAAUGAUAGAUGAAACAUAAUUUUAGUGGCUCUA